AUGACAGAAGCAAACAACCUGAGAGACGCCCGGAGAAGAAGAAGAAUCCUCCAACAAGGAUCUGACCGUCUUGCCUUCAUCCAGGGUCGGAUCCAAACCCUCCCUCCUCCCGAUCUGCCUCACGCCAACGACGAGGAGCAGGAGUAUCCGAAUUCUGUUUUGCAGAAUCACGUUGAUGCCGAAAUUUUGCCUGAAAAACAACACAGUGAAAGUGAGAUUUUAAGUUUCCCCAAUUCUGAAAUUGAACCUGAACAUGUACAAGAAUCACAACCUCUAUUUCAACCUCAACCACCAACAACACAUCAAGAUUCAUCUGAUGAAAUUUCCCAGCUCGAAGAACCUAGAAGUUUCGAUUUCAUAAGCCCUAGGGAUGUGACGAAUGUCGUUGAUGCCUCGAGGUUUACGCGUCUUUGUUGUUCGAUUAUAGUUGCCUUAUUGGUUGUUGCCUCUUGUCUAGGAUUCUCUUUGAUUAAGACUAUUAUAAGCUUUAGACCACUUUACUUGGUUCUCCUCACAAAUUCGUCUUUUGUUGUUGCAAAAAUUAUUUCUGGGAAACAAAGAGGCUCUGAUGAAAGGUUGAGGAGGAGACGGAACAGCGCCAGUGCCAGCGCCAGCGCCAGCGCUGAUUCUUCUGAUCAAUAUGCACAGCUUGCAAAAACAUUGGAAAUUGGAAUGGUGCUGAAGACUGUGGCUGAUGCUGUCUUCAUGGAUUGUGCUGUCUAUGCUAUUAUGCUCAUAUGCAGCCUUUCCCUUGUGCAUCACUGA